UCAAGAUGAAGCGGCUGAUUGUAGUGUUACUUACCUUAGUGCUGCUUGCAAGCAACAUAGCCCCACUCUGUGGUGUCGCUAUGGAGACCCAUGUAGUUCAUGUGGGAAGGUGCAAAUGUCAGAAGCACACCUCGUCGGUCUUUGGUCCUCAACAGCUGAAAUCUAUUCAAGUCAUUCCUCGGGGGAUACAUUGCCGAAAUACAGAAAUAAUAUUAACCCUGAAAAACAACUGGAAGGUCUGUAGCCAUCCUAACGCAGAGUGGGUUCAGAAACUGAUUAAGAAGUUGACAAAAGCAAACAGGAGUCAAUGACCACAAAUGGACUUUUCUCUGGCCAGGAAUAUGAACAAGGAACCUAAAGAAUUGGUGACACAAUUCUGUCCUGCCAUCAUCAGCUUUUAUCUUUGUAUCUUUUAAUUACAUCUCUUCAAAAUUGCAGUUUAAAACCUCUGUGCCCUUCCAAGAUGGACAAACGGUGAACAUCAGUGACUCAUUUGACAUUUUGGGAAUCAAGCACAAGGAAUGUAAAUUAGCAUUAAGAAACAUAAAGAUUAUUAACAAAACCAGCCAUUAAAUAAU